AUGGACAUCGAAGGCAUGGGCAUCAAGUGGGGCGAAUUUCUGAUUCAGCAAGGGCUGAUUAAGGAUGUCGCAGACCUCUACUACCUUGAGCCGGAACAUCUGGCGCGACUGAACCUGCUGGACGCAAUUGAAGCCGCCAAAGCCCGCUCGUUCGCCGAUGCGCUCGCCGCCGCCGGCAUCCCAACCGUAGGCAAGAAGUCCGCCAGCAUAAUCGCCGAACGCUUUGGCAAUAUGAGCGCACUGUCAAGCGCAAGUGAACUGAAUGUCGGGGAACUCAGCGGUGUGAGCGCGCGCACCGCAUCCGCGAUAUUCGCACACUUCUCCGAACUGCGCAUGCAGCCGCACUUCACCCGACUAGGCUCUGAUUUCUUGGGGAACGGACUGAUUGACGUGCAAUCAGAUCUGUUCUAUGUGAACAGAAAGCACCUACUGCAACCCGAAAUGCUGCGCCAGAAGAGCGUCUCGACCUGCUGUCUGCCAUUGAAGCCAGCAAGCAGCGCCCACUGUCGCGUGUUCUGGUUGCGCUCGGCAUACGGCAUGUCGGCGGCGAGGUUGCCGAGCUGCUCGCCCGCUCAUUUACGACUAUCGACAACCUGA